AUGAAGUCUGCUACCAUUAUCUCAUCUUUCGCUGCCGCAGCCUCCGCGCUGUCCAUCCUGCGCGAUGGCCAGGAACCUCUCAAGCAGCCCAACCUGAACCUGCCCAGCGAGCCCGAAGCCGCCGAGUCGUUCUUGAUCGAGCUCUCUCCCGGCGAGACGCGCUGGAUCACCGAGGACCAGAAGUGGGAGCUACGCAGGCAAGGAAUCAACUUCUUCGACAUCACCGACACGCAAGACCUCGGCUCGAUCGCCAAGAGCGCCGCGACCGUCAAGUUCCCGCCCACCACCGCCUAUAAUGACACGGUCAAGCCGCUGCUCAAGCAGCUGAAGAAGGAGAACAUGCACAAGCACCUGGAGAAGUUUACCUCGUUCCACACGCGCUACUACCGUUCGCAGUAUGGGGCAGAGUCGUCAGCUUGGCUCUUGUCUCAGGUGAAUCAAACUUUGGCCGACGCUGGCGCACUCGACCAUGGUGCAUCGGUAAAGCCGUUUGAGCACCCGUGGGGUCAGAGCAGUAUCAUUGCCACCAUCCCUGGAAAGAGCGACAAGACUGUCGUGAUUGGUGCCCACCAAGACAGCAUUAACUUGUUUCUGCCAUCCAUCCUUGCGGCUCCUGGCGCAGACGACGAUGGUUCCGGUACCGUGACUAUCCUCGAGGCUCUGAGGGUGCUGCUUACCUCUGAAGAUGUUGUCAAGGGUAAGGGUGAGAACACGGUCGAGUUCCACUGGUACUCGGCGGAAGAGGGCGGCCUGCUCGGAUCGCAAGCCAUCUUCCAGUCGUAUGAAAAGGAGGGAAGGGACGUGAAGGCGAUGCUGCAGCAAGAUAUGACCGGCUACGUGCAGAAGACCAUCAAUGCGGGCGAGCCGGAAUCUGUUGGCGUCAUCACCGAUUACGUCGACCCUGGCCUUACCGAGUUCAUCAAGGAGGUCAUCACCACCUACUGCGACAUUCCCUACGUCCUGACCAAGUGCGGUUAUGCCUGCUCCGACCAUGCGAGCGCAAGCAAGGCCGGCUAUCCGUCCGCUUUUGUCAUCGAGAGCGACUUCAAGUACUCGGACAGCAAGAUCCACACCACCGAGGACAAGAUCGAAUAUCUGAGCUUCGACCACAUGCUGCAGCAUGCGAAGCUGACUCUUGGUCUGGCGUACGAGCUGGCCUUUGCCAAAUUCGAUUAA